AUGCCCGACGGGAGACCCCUUUUUCGGGACGUCCUGCGCCUGAAGGUGCGUGUCCGGCGCCGAUUGUCUCUGACCUCCCAUCGAGAAUUCGGCGAAGCCCUAACCCCAAACUUCCCUCCGUCAGACGGCCUCGAGUCCAGCCCAGACACCAGGCAGCAGUGGCGCUUCUAUGGCUACCUGACCGGCUACCUGACCUGCAUCACGGGCCAUCGCUGUGGGGUCUUCCAGAACCUGACCAUCCAGGAGGUCCAAGAGGCUUCCAGAAGCCCGGACGAGUCCGCCUAUGUCAUUAACAUCACCACGCACAAGACAAACCGAGCCUUCGGCGCGGCUCAGCUGUCUCUCAACAAGGAAGAAUACAGCUGGUUCCGGAGGUUUUUGCAGCUGCGGGCUAGCCUCCCCGGGGGGAGCCAGGCCUCCUAUUUUUUUUUUACUUCCAGACCCAGUCCCUGUCGAACCCUGAACAAAUAUUUUCAAUCUGCGUGGACCAGCAUGGGGCUUCCCGGCAAGCCCACCUUCACUGACGUCCGAACUGCCAUCGCGACCCACGCAAAGAAUUCACAUUCUUCCGAGGAUCGCAGGAAGGUGGCCCAAUUCAUGUGCCACGAUACCUCAACCUCAGACAAGUUCUACGCGCUUCACCUUGGCCCUCUCCAAGCACGUGAGCGCCGCAGACUCUUCGAGAGGGCCUUGGUGGAGGAGGAGGAGGAGGAGGAGGAGGCAGCGGGCAGAGAACGCCACUCAAGGAAGGGGCGCAAGAGGGCAGAGAGUCCCGGGUCACCCCUGGAGGGAACUAGCAGGAGGACGCUGCCAUGGCCGCCUUCGAAGGGGAAACGCCCCCUCGAAGCAACAGAAACCUCUGAAUCAUCAUGA